AGCGCUCAACUUCCGAGCCGAUCAGUCGAUGUUUUCGGACGAGCAAUUUCGGGAGUCGAUCACGGACUAUAUAGUACGUUUUUGUCAGUUUUUCUCGACCGUCGCAAUAAGUUUUGUGUUCGGGGUUCACCGCGACUUCAAGCGCCACGAUGUCGCGUCGCGAAAAUACGUUUCGCGUCGAUUAUUCGCAGUUUCCGAAGCUUCUCACUCACGACGAAAUCCAUAAGUUCGUCGGAAAAGAACUCGGUCUUUCGCGCGAAAAUGUACUUCAACUCCAGCCAAGCAGGCGGUUGGGAUGUACCUUCGUGAAGGUCAACAGCCUCGAACUAGCCGAGAAGAUCGUGGAACAACACGAUGGCAAGCACGAGUUCGUGUUUGAUGGAAAGUCGUACAAGCUACGCAUUACGAUGGAGGACGGAGCGGUGGAGGUGAAGUUCUUGGAGCUCCCCGAAGGCAUCUCCAACGACCAGGUCGCAGCUUUCCUCGCCGAUUACGGAGAGGUUAUCAGUGUUCGUGACUUACUGUGGGACGACCGUUAUAGCGAUUUCGGCGGUGUCAAAACCGGUGUUCGUGUGGCUCGCAUGGUGGUAACGAAGAACAUUCCUUCUCUCGUAACCAUCCAGGGCGAAGAAACUGCGGUGGGGUACAAGGGGCAGCGGCAAACCUGCUUGCACUGCCGUGAGUUUGCACACAUUGGCAUUCCAUGUGUGCAAAACAAAAAACUGCUGGUACAGAAGCUCGAAGCAGACCAAUCGUACGCGAACGUUACGAAAGGCAAACCAACACCGACCAAACCUACACCAACCAAGCCAACACCGACCAAGCCUACACCGACCAAACCUCCACACAAGCCUUCACCGAACCCAUCGGAUCUGCGAAAACCGCCGAUCGUUAAACCAGGCCCAUCGGGUCUGCCUCAAAACCUCACUGCAACAAGUGAGACACGCGCUGUAGCUGCACAGCAGAAGAGCACGAUGCUGCCCCCCGCUGCUCCCGUUGCCGCGCAACAAAAAUCCACCACAGCGCAAGCUGUCGUUGAACUAUCGCCGAUUUCCAUCCCGAUCGGCCCUAUCGUAUUGAAUCGCAGGACCGAUGGCAACGAAACGGACAGCUCACAAGCAUCGCAGCUCUCAAACAGCAGCCGACGCAGUUCUCGCCGACCGCCGGGUAAGAAGAUGCGGCACUCCGGAGAAAACACCACUACCACUGCCGAACACGGACACGGACAGAUUUCCGAUGAAGACAUGCAACAAUGAUGGAGUACAUCAGCUGUAACAUCGGAACUGUCAAUAUCAACACGAUAACCAACCCAACCAAGCUAAACGCCCU